AUAGCGCGUCUCAAGAUACGUUGUCUUGUUUUUAUAUCGCAAGAAGGCUCCUCCUGUACAACCACCGCGUCUUCAUCACAGUGCGCGGGAAAUUGCCACUCCUGAAGAUUUUAGCUCCAACCCUAAUCUAACAUGCCUGAACAAAAUUUUCAAGUUCUCUAGGAUGACUUGAAAAACAAUUAAGGGCAGUUGUGUUUGAUUAGGUUUGGAGCUAAACUCUGUUGUUCAGUGGCACUUCAGGAACGGAGUUGGCCACCCCUACACUGUCAUUUUCACAUUCAUUUUAGAGGAAUGCCAGGAGAAGCUGUGCUUAUUUAAUAGAGCAGAUAUCGAAGCUAUAGCGUUUUUUGUUGUUGUUUUUUUUGGAAUUGAAUGCUUGCGGAAGACCUUGUCGAGUUCAGACGCAUCGACCGCAAUACCAGUCGCAUCUCAGAAUAACAUUUUUAGAUUCUUUUCACCACAAUUGUACAUUUGAGUUUCGUGUUUGAUGUGUAAAGACCACUACACGGAUAAAUGAGAAAUAUAUCAGCGGGACGAUUCCCUCCUUGAUAAACGUGUCAACACCAGAUACCAAUCGAGACCACUACUCCAUUUUUUAAAAAGUCAGUAUAUUAUUUCGCUUAUGGCAUAUCGGGAAAAGAACAAAAAGACACUUCUAGAGUUGGUGAAGCUGCCAGACAAUAGCUGCUGUGCCGACUGUGGAGCUCCAGAACCAGACUGGGCUUCGUGUACACUUGGAAUAUUUGUGUGUCUGAACUGUUCUGGAACUCAUCGCAAUCUUCCAGCUAUAAGUCGUAUCAAAUCCAUACGCCUAGACUUCUGGGAUGACGAGGUUGUGCAGUUCAUGAAGGCCAAUGGAAACAGAGCUGCCAAAAAAUUCUAUGAGAAAUUUGUCCCCGUCUUUUAUUAUCAACCUCAGCCAGAAGACUGCGAGGUACUGAGAGAACAAUGGAUUCGAGCCAAAUAUGAAAGAAUGGAGUUUACAGAGGAAAAUACAGAAAGACCAUACACAGCAGGUGUCUAUGAGGGCAUGUUAUGGAAGAAAGGAAAGGAUAAUGGACAGUUUCUCGAGCGGAAGUUUGUUCUUUCAGUGCGUGAUUUUACCCUCAAGUACUACAAGGAGGAUGAAUCUAAGGGGCCAAAGGCCAUCAUCUCUGUGAAGGACUUGAAUGUGACCUUUCAGCCUGAGAAGAUAGGACAUGCUCAUGGCCUUCAAAUCACCUACUGUGUGGAAGAUCACGCCCAAAACCUUUUUGUUUACCAUAAAAGUGGACGGGAAAUUGUAAGUUGGUUUAAUGCCAUUAGAGCUGUUCGCCAUGUCUACCUUAAAACAGCCUUUCCAACAGCAACUGAGGGAGAUUUAAUACCAUGGAUAACCAGAAACUAUCUGAAAGAGGGUUACAUGGAGAAGACUGGCCCUCUGCAAAGAGAACCUUUCAAGAAAAGAUGGUUUAUCUUGGAUUCACUGGACAGGAAACUACUCUAUUUUAAAACACAGCUGGAUGCUAUUGAGCUUGGGGUUGUUUUUAUUGGCUCAGAAAAUCACGGGUAUUCAGUGAGGGAGUGUGUACCUAAAGGGACAAGAGGCAACAAAUGGAAGUGUGGGGUAAUUGUGGAGACGCCUGAUCGACAGUUUGUCUUCAUGUGUGAACAAGAGCGUGAUCAAAAAGAGUGGGUGGAGGCCCUCAAAAAAGUCAUUUCAAAACCUAUGCAGCCCCAAGAUUAUACCACUGAAGCUAAUAUACGUAGACGGAGAUGAAAACAGUGACUGGAUGUGACAGUGAGCUCAGCACACAACGUCUCAUUGUACUCUAAAUUAAUUUUAGAUGAACCCUUAUAUUCUGAUUUCAAAUCUUGGGUUGAACAUUUGACGACAAACAGUCACAUCAGAUGGAGAGAACAUCUUUGGGCAUUAUCUCUAACAGUAAGUUCAAAAGAAAUGGUCAAUUUAAGGAUAUGAAACUUCUUAAACUGACAGAAAAUUUAAGCACUGACAGUAUGGUGGUUGGUCUGGAGGCACAGAAUGAUGGAUCAGACUGCUGUGUGAAGCUCUUGGCUCUUUAGUAUAAGGAGAGAUCCUGAAGCCUUGACUUAAGACCUAAAGGAUACAACAUCUUAUGUUUAUUAGAGAAAACUGAAUUAGAUUCACAGACUAAGUUCACUACAACUGAGCUAGACACAAAAUAGAAGUGGGGACUUUGGUACAUGAUAAUGUGCACUAAUCACUAACAGUAUUCUCUCAACCUGAGGAUGGUGAAGAAGCAUGAGUGACCUGUAGUGUGCGAUGAGAAAUGCUCUUUGAUAAACACUUGAGUUUCAUUAAACUGACAUUUGGCCAGGCAUUUUUUUCUUAUUUAUAAUCAUGUGGAUUAUUGAACAAAGCUGACUUGAUGUCCACACUUUUUCCAUUUGAUUUAUAUUCAUGUGUAUCUUUAAAUAACUUAGUUAGCCAUGCAAGUUGAUAUGUGCCAUGUUUUUCAUACUGUGUUUCUGUAAAUGAAAUUAAAAUGUUUUUCAUUACAGGUUUAUGCAUGAUAACAUACUUGAUAUAAUUGUGUUCACUGACUGAUAACUGUAUAGUAUACUCUCAGAAAAUAGUACCUUUUAAGGUACAGCACCAUCACUGGAGUGGUACCCUUAUUUUGGGAAUAUAUUUGUACCUAUGGAGACAGAAAGCUAAACAAUUGUUGUUGUUCCCAGAGCAAUGGAGUGGUGGUGGUGUAGUGGUCUAAGCACAUAACUGGUAAUCUGUUAAUCAGAAGGACGCUGGUUCGAGCCCCACAGCCACCACCAUUGUGUCCUUGAGCAAGGCACUUAAAUCCAGGUUGCUCCAGGGGGAUUGUCCCUGUAAUAAGGGCUCUGUAAGUCGCUUUGGAUAAAAGCGUCUG